AUGACUUCCUUAGAACAGGUCCGAUAAUUAUCCACCAUUGAUCAAAUCUAAGUUGCAGGCUUAAUCUUUGGGUCUCAAUAAAGAGCUAAAGAGGUGAAGCAAUUUUUAGCUGAUUGUGAAAAAAUACCUGAAGUGUAAACCAACGCUGACUUUUAUAACUGGAAUAGGAAAAAGCAAUUCCUAUCAAAAGAUAAAUAGGGGUUUAGUUUCAUGAAGAUGAUUAAUCAUUAGGUUGAUGAUAUGGAAUAAUACACAGGACCUAUGAUAUACAGUGCAACAACAAAUCAUUAUGGAGUCUAUUUAGCAAUGGUUGUGCCAGCAGUGAAGAUUUUGGGAACAGAUGCACAAAUAAAUGCAUGGCUAGAUGAUUUAAUUCACAUUCGAAAAGCUGCUUGUUAUGCACAAACUGAAUUAGGUCAUGGAUCAGAUAUUUAGAGUUUACAAACUACUGCUACUUAUGAUAAGCAGACAUAAGAAUUUGUGAUUAAUACUCCUACCAUUUAAGCAGCAAAAUUUUGGCCAGGAGAUCUAGGUAUUCUAGCUAAUUGGGCAUUGGUUUUUGCUUAAUUGGUAGUGGAUGGAACCAAUUAUGGAGUAUAAUCAUUUAUGGUCUAAAUUCGAGAUGAGUAAACACACAAGCCAUUGAGAGGAAUAGAAGUUGGGGAUAUUGGACCUAAGAUGGGAUAUUAGGUGAAAGACAAUGGAUUUUUGAAAUUUGACAACGUUAGAAUUCCUAAAUUUAAUAUGUUGGCUAAAUAUAUCUCAAUAUCUCCAUAAGGAAAGGUAGUAAAAGAGGGAGAUCCAAAGAUAUCCUAUGCUUCAAUGAUGAUGAUGAGAAAGUUAUUAAACACAGUUUAUCCCAAAGCAGCUGCAAUAUCAUUGACUAUUGCUUUGAGAUACUCCUAUACAAGAUAAUAAUUUACAAAUGACAAAGGAGUCGAGAAUUCGGUCAUUGAAUAUUAAACUCAAUAACACAAAUUAUUGCCAUUGUUGGCCAAUUUGUUUGCAGUUGUUCUUUCAGGAAAUGUUACUUCAAAAUUUGUAGAUUUGAAUUUCGCUGAAGUUUAGAAAGGCAAUUUCUCACAUAUGAAACGCAUGUCAUUCAUUACUUUGUGGAACCAAAGCUAAUUACACUCAUUUUGUAGUGAAUUGUGCUGA